AUGGAAAAAAGAAUAUCAUCUGAUCGUUUUAAGGAAUUAGCAGUAUUUGCAGCUGAUCUCUUUCCUGAAUAUUCAAAAGAAAGUUUUUAUAUUCGUUCGAGAAACGGCAAAAAUGCAAAUGGUGCUUUCAUCUGCCACUAUUGGAAACAACGGGAAAAAGAAAUUGCAAUUGGUCGUAUAUCAACUGAAAACUCUUUAAAGAGGAAAAGAAUUGUCGAAGAUUAUGUGAAAAAGUGGCGUGAGACUGCCCUGAACGAAAGAAUACUAUUUUAUCAAGAGAAAGAGUUCAUAGAAAUUUUCCAGACGUUUCCAAACUUAUGUCAUCCGGCAGGAAGUAUUUUAGUGCAAGCAGAUUUUCAUACUUUCUUCAAAAAAUCUGAAGAUCUAUUUUUGAAGAAUUGGCCAGCGAUUGCAAGAAAAGUAAUUAAAUUUUCACAGUCGAAAAAAAAAGAUGAGGAAAUUCAAAGUAUAUUACGAAGAAAUACACCUUUAAAAGGAGAAGAGCACUUACAAAAUUUAGCUCUAAUUUUGUUACCCUGCUUAUUCAAACGAAUAUCUAAGUUAACAGUCAGAUCAAAAGCAAAGACGUCAUGGUGUUCGCAAAAGUCUGACGUACUUAAAAGUUUCAUUGCACACAUUGAGGCUACUGAUAAUUUUCAGAAUUCACUAAAUGAAGUGAAUGAGGACAUAUUCCAAAUGUACAAUUCACAAUCACAACCAAUUCAAUCUUACGUCGUUGUCAAUGGACCUUCUCUGAGCGAAAUAAAUUCUGCUUUUGUAAUUUUAGGCGACAUAAAAUACCAAGUUGCGACCCCAGUGAAAGCAAUUGAUCUGCAUUUUCAAUGCUUAAAAGUUUUUCACAAAAAAUACCCGUUAGUGUGUAAUCAUAUUUAUGCAUUUUUAGAAAAGCAAGAGACAAUCUUGGAGUAA